AUGCGCUCCAACCCCUCUGACACGCCUGACUCGUCUCUCACGCCUAACCCUUCCCGCACGCCUGAUGCUUCCCCCGCGCCUAACUUUCUCCGCUCGCCUAACCCUUUCCGCUCGCCUGAUUCCUUUCGCGCGCCUGAUUCCCUCCGCGCGCCUGACUCCUUCCGAGCGGCUGACUCCUUCCGCGCGCCCGAUUCUUCCCGCGCGCCUGAUUCCUCCCUCACUUCUCUCAGCUCGCGCAACUUGGCCGCUUCCAUCGGGCCCGGCGGCAGUAGUAGGCGCAAUCGUCACCGUCAGCAGCACGGACGGUCACGAUCUGCUGCGGCGCUCGAGCCGAUUCCGCGUUCUCCAGCGACAUUAGCGGGGCAGCACUCUGCUGGUCUUCGCAGCCCCGGUCUAGACUCCGUUAACCUUCGCUCUGUCGGCAAUAGUAGCCGUGGUGUGCAAUCAGACCGUCCCGACUCUGCUGAGCGACAGGAAGCGUCGUCCGGGCGACUGGAAGCGUCAUCGUGGCGACAGGAAGCGUCGUCUUGGCGACAGGAAGCGUCGUCUUGGCGACAGGAUGCGUCUUCUGGGCGGCUGGAGGCGUCGUCUGGGCGGCUGGAAGCGUCGUCUAGGCGGCUGGAAGCGUCGUCUAGGCGACUGGAAGUGUCGUCUGAUCGACUAGAAGGUGUUUUCGAGAUGUUAGACGGAGAGGCGGGGCUGGUGGGGGAAGCGUCUGGGCGAUCCGAAGAGUCGCAUGGGCGACGGAGUGUCGCAGGCGACGCGGCGAGCGAUAGGAGCGCGUCGUCGAGACCAGUGGGAGCAGCGGAAAGCAGUUCACACGGUGAGGGUGGUGAGAUCAGACCAGACGGCCGACUAGACGACGAACAUAGGGACGAAAUCAGGCCUGACGGACAAACAGACGACGAGGUUGACGUUAACGGAAAACGUCAACGUUCUGGCAGGCGGGCAUCACGGUUGCGAGUGAGGUGGGGGCCAGACUCACCCGACAGGGAUACCCCGGGAGCAGCGGGAGAGGGCUGGGGUGGUAUAGCUGGUUCCGCCUUGGACCUGCGCUCCACUCUCUUAUACCACCUACAAGCCACCCUCUCCCAUGUGUCUCUCUCUCCACGCCCUCUCCCAUGUGUCUCUCUCUCCACGCCCUCUCCCAUGUGUCUCUCUCUCCACGCCCUCUCCCUUGUGUCUCUCUCUCCACGCCCUCUCCCUUGUGUCUCUCUCUCCACGCCCUCUCCCGUGUGCCCCUCUCCACCCUGUGCGCCCCUCCCGCCCCGCCCGCCAUGGGAGAUUCUCUUCCAGAUCGCCUUUGACCUGCGCUCCACGGGUGCAUGGCUCAUCGUCGACUCAACCCUCUCCGCCAUCUACCUCAUCGACGUGCUCCUGGGCUUUAAGACCGGUUACGUGACAAGAGAACAGCAUGUGCGCACAAGCGACGGCAUCAAGAUAUUGCAGCCGCAGCACAUUGUCCUGGAACAGCGCCGCAUAGUGUGGCACUACCUGCGCACGUGGUUCCUGCUCGACCUCCUCUCUUCGCUACCCAUGGACCUCAUCAUCUCCCUCACCACCACCUCCUCCUCCGGCUUCUGGAUCUCCACUGUGUUCCGAGCGCUGAAGCUCUUCCGCAUGCGCCGUCUGCUGAACGCCACGGACCAGCUCAGAACGUCCUUCCUGCGCUCCACGUGGAUGGAGCUCACCGUGCUCAUCCUGCAGGUGGGUGGGUGGAUCGGCGACUGGGUGCGGUGCUGCCUGAGCGUGGGUGGGUCCUCUGGACCCAUCCUCAUUGUUCAAGUCCGUGGGUGGGUCCGCACACUUGAGGAUCUGCUUCCUCAUCCUGCAUUCCGCCAUCUACACCAUCUCCCUGCUCUGUCUGUCCGCCCCUUCUUCUGCCGCACAUCCGCAUGCUCCGCCUCGUGGGCGUGUGCGUGCUUUUCAGCUGCCGCAAAUCUCCCCAUUGAGUCCCCCCCCUCUGUACACUCACUCAGUCCCUCCCCUUCUCACUCGCUAACUGCUCUACCCCAGAUCUGCAUGUUUUGCCAUGUGGGCGCGUGCGCCUUUGCUCUGAUUGGCCGGCUCGAGCCAGAGGGCCAAUCGUGGCUCGCCAACUUCUUCUGGGACGACAACGGGGAGGCGCAGCCUCUGGAAACGGCGCCGCCACUUGUCGCCUACGUGGCGGCCACCUAUUGGUCCAUGGUCACAUUUGCCUCGGUGGGCUACGGAGACAUCUACCCGCAGGACACCAUCCCAGAGCGCAUCUUUGGCACCAUUUACAACCUGCUCGCAGCUAUCAUGCUGGGUUACGCUGUCGGUCAAAUUACCUCUUUAAUCUAUGCCAGCAGGGAGCGUCGGGAGAAUGCAAGGCAGCGAUUUGGAACACUCCACAAGUUCAUCGAGAGGGAGGAGCUGCCAGAGUGGCUGGCCAACCGCCUGAUGGUGCAUCUCACCCGCCAGUGGCAAGCGCAGCUCUCGCAGAAGUUUGACGAGUUCGAGCUCAUGGAGAGCCUCACGGAGGACCUUCGGGGGGACCUCUUUGUGCACUGGUGGCAGCGCAGCAUUGCCGUGAGCCCCAUCCUCCCACACAGCCAUGCGUUUAUUGCAAAACUUUUGGAUGCUUUGGUCCUGAGGAGAGUAGCAGCGGGGGAAUUCAUCUGUGCUGAAGGGGAGGUGAGCCGGCACCUCUACAUCCUGCGCGCCGGCACUGCUGAUGCCACGUGGAUUAAGACUCCCGAGGACGAGGAGGGGGAUGGAAUGGGGGUGAUUAAGGAGGAGGGGGAUGGAAUGGGGGUGAUUAAGGAGGAGGGGGAGGAGGGUGGAGUGGGGGAGAUUAUGGAGGAGGGAGAAGAGGAGGGGAAAGAGGGGACGGGGGAGGUUGGGGAGAGGUGGGGGGAUGAGGAGGAGGACGGGGGAGAGGGUGGUGGUGGUGGGUGGAGAGGGGGGGGGAGGAGGAGGAGGAGGAGGAGGAGGAGGAGGAGGGAGGAGGAGGAGGAGGAGGAGGAGGAGGAGGAGGAGGAGGAGGAGGAGGAGGAGGAGGAGGAGGAGGAGGAGGAGGAAGUAGAGGAGGGGGGGAAAAGGAGUGGGGGAGGGAGAACACUUCUUCCCCACUUUCCCUCCCACCCGCCCUCUCGCCCCUCGUCCCAGCAGCACCCCUUUGUCCCGGUGAACUGCUCGGCCUCUCUCCUGCACUCCGACUCACAGCGCCAGCUGCGCCGCUUCCUCUCCCGCUCCCGCCAACUGUCCCUCCGUUUGACCCCCGGGCAAGCCCUCAACACACCCGGCGCUUUCCCGGGUAACCCGGCAACCGCUCCCGGCUCCCACGGGAAUCCCCUAGCACUGGCAGCAGCGGCCGCGAUGGCAGCAGGAGUGCCAGAACCUCCCAAGAAUCCUCUAGAAGUAGCGUUGGAGCAAGGGGGAGGGAACAUGGAGAUGGAGCAUCGGGCGGUGGGGACCGGGUUUGUGAUGGGCAUGGAAGGGUUGCUGGAGGCGUUUGAAACGCGCAUGGACGAGGAGGAAUGGCCGAAACAGCGGGUUGCUCUUAUCUGUGUUGAGGCCACGUUUCAGGUGGGGAAAAGGGGGAACGGGGGGAGGAGGGGAAACAUUGGGGGGGAAGAGAAGAGGUGGGGGGAAGGAGAGGAGUGUGAGCUCCUCCUGGACGACCUAUUCGACACGCUAGAGAGCUUCCCCCAGCUGUUGACCCUCAACUCAGAUACACCCAAUGCCAAGACAGAGUGCGAGUUGCUGCUUCUCCUCCUGGAUGACCUAUUCGACACGCUAGAGAGCUUUUCCCAGCUGUUGCACUUUGCCAAGACAGAGUGCGAGUUGCUGCUUCUCCUCCUGGAUGACCUAUUCGACACGCUAGAGAGCUACCCCCAGCUGCUGCACGACAUGCGCUUUGCACUGCGCCUGCCCAUGGGCGUGCACGAGCAGCAGCAGAACCGCCUGGCGCGCAGCCGUGGCGUCGCUGCUUCCGCCGUGCGCGAGGCUUUGGAAAGCCCGUAG